GAAACGACGCAGUUCUUCUAUUGCCUGCCAUCAACCUCCACGCUGCAGCAGCUGCUCCUUUGUCGUCGCGAUAUAAUGUCACCAAACAUAAUAUAAUGAGAAUUGAACAAGAAUUGGGUGAAGCAAGAGAGGCUAUACGCAGAGCAAUAAAAAGAAGGAACUUUACAAUCUCAUCAGAGACUGAGGAUUUUGUCCCCAGAGGAUGUGUUUACAGAAACGCUUAUUCCUUUCAUCAAAGUCACAAAGAGAUGUUGAAGAUAUUCAAAGUGUGGACUUACAAAGAAGGUGAACCACCAUUAGCCCAUGAUGGGCCCAUGAGUUCAAUUUACGGUAUUGACGGACACUUCAUGACUGAAAUUGAGAAUAAUUUGAGCCCAUUUUCGGCCCAAAAUCCAGAUGAGGCCCAUGUCUUUAUGCUACCCUUAAGUAUUACAAACAUUGUGCGGUAUCUAUAUGAUCCUCUCAUCACAUACUCUAGGGAUCAACUCAUGAGGGUCACCAUUGAUUAUACCAACAUCAUAGCUCACAAGUAUACAUACUGGAAUAGAAGCAAAGGAGCAGACCAUUUUCUAGCCUCUUGUCAUGAUUGGGCACCAGAUAUCUCAAGAGAGAAUUCAGGUAAAGAGGUUUUCAAGAACUUAAUAAGAGUAUUAUGCAAUGCAAAUACUUCUGAAGGUUUUGAUCCUACAAAAGAUGUCUCAAUGCCUGAAAUGAACCUAAGAGGUUACAAAUUAAGCUCAACAAUACCUAGUCAACACCCCAAUAAUCGGUCUAUACUUGCUUUCUUUGCUGGAGGGGAACAUGGUAUGAUUAGAAAAACAUUACUAAAACAUUGGAAAGGAAAAGAUAAAGAAAUUCAAGUUCAUGAGUAUCUUCCAAAAAACCUUGACUACUUCAACAUCAUGGGAAAAACCAAGUUUUGUUUGUGUCCAAGUGGAUAUGAAGUUGCUAGUCCAAGAAUUGUGGAAGCAAUUAAUGCUGGUUGUGUGCCUGUGGUUGUUUCGGAUAACUAUCAACUACCCUUUAGUGAUGUUCUUGAUUGGAGCAAAUUUUCAUUGCAUAUUCCAUCAAAGAGGAUAAGUGAAAUCAAGACAAUAUUGAAAAGUGUUCCACAUGCCAAAUACUUGAAAUUGUAUAAGAGGGUGUUGAAAGUUCAAAGACAUUUUGUGUUGAAUCCACCAGCUAAACCGUUUGAUGUGUUUCAUAUGAUUCUUCAUUCAAUAUGGCUUAGAAGACUUAAUAUUAGGCUACCCGUUUCAUAGUAUAUUGGUUGAUAAUUUGAUAGGGGCAUAGCAUAGGGCACCAAUAUGUUGUAUUAUAGAGUACUAUAGGGAGUUAGUAUUCGAUCAGCAUUGAUAGAUGAUAAUGUUCCCUAUUGAUCAUGGCUAGAAAUUCCAUUGUCGAGUUACUGAUGUUCGAAUUCUGGCCCCUUAAUGUAAUGUCUCUACCAAUUAAGUUAAGUUCAUAUCAGGGACGGAUCCAGACUUGA